CUCCGAGUGCCAUAAAGAAUGUGACUAAUAGUAAACCCUCAAAAUGUGCGACCACGAUAUUUUGAUAGAAAAAUACGAAGAGCAUCGCAAGGUUCACCAAAAGUUUCUGCGGCUGUUCAACAACAUAAUUGAAACUGCUUUGUGUAUGCAACCCCUUGUGUCGGAUGUGAAUACCGGAUACGACGAUAUCUUGAAGUUACUGAAAACGCAAUCCAAACCAGAACCCACGUCCACUCCGCCGGCCCCACCGCACAAGCGUCGAAAAGCACACUCGUUCGAUUCGCCUUCAACGGUCGUCCGGACGGACGAUUCGCCUGCACUGCGGAACCGAUCCGAUCCUGAAGUGUCGGCUUCGGUUCUAGAUCAGAACAUAAAUCUACCGGAUUCGGAGGACUCGUUUUUUGCACUCACUCAAAGUCCGUCCCGGGAACCGCUUUCGCCAAAAGGACCAACCAGUUGUUUGGAGGAGAAUGUUCCUAGGACUCCCCCAAAACGGGAGGGUUGGUUUAAAACGGACUUGUUUUCUGGACAAGACGAUGGCUCUAAGACGGGUGAAGUGGAAAAGAAGAAAAAGAAGGGGGCUCUUUCGUUGAGUCGCUUUUCGAGUAGCUUCAAAAUGUCCCCGGAGACGAGCAAGCAAGCGGAGUUGCUUCCUGUACGGCAGAAAUUGGCAACCCCAAAACCGAAGGCCGUUAUGGAACAGGAAAAUGUAGCACCGCCGGUGGGAAAAUGGACUGCGAAGAAAACUACUCCGGGCAGUGCCAGAAGGAUAGAUUCCAGUAUGCGAAAAACGCCCACCAGUAGCACCAAGCAAGGCAACUCGUUGCUCAAUCGGACGAGAUUAAGACAAACCAAGCUGAAGUUCCCGGACAGUUUGAAUAAGUCCAUGACGGAUGAGGAUGAAACAUUUUUCGAUGAAUUCGUCGUUCCGAGUCCAACGUCGGCAACGGUUCUGAGUGCUACUCGUUUUCUCAAGAGCGCCAAAAAGAAAGAGCAAUCCUCGUUAAUUGCCAGCCAUAAUGUGGCGAAAACCACCGAAAAGAAAUCCGAACCAGUAACGACUAAGAUCAAGGAAAUUCCCGAUAAUGACGACGACUUUGACAUCGAUCAAACCUAUUUCUCCGAAGCGGAAAAGGAUCUGACUCGAUCGAAACCGUUUGCCCGCCCAUUUGUGCCACCGCCCCGGGUGAAAGUGGAAUCAGUAACCCAGAAGAAGCCGAAGGCACCGAUGCUAGUCGGGGAAACUCAAUCGGACCAGGAAUCCGACACGAGUAGCAUCAUGUUCGUAAAGCCAAUCUCGCAGGAGGAAGUCAUUACGAUUGAGGAGACACAACCGAGCAAGAAAGAUCUCUUCAUGGAGGCGAUUCGCGAGGAACGUCGCAAGGAGGAAAGCGCUCGCCUUUCCGUCCUCAACGUGAUGGGUCCCGUUAAGCGCGACGACAAACAAGAAAGUCUAUUUCCGGUUAAAUCUGACCUGUCGGUGCUGAAGAAACCUAUGCCGUCGACCAUUCCGAACGAGCGUCGCUGUACGGAAUGCACCAAGCAGUACCAGUUUCUGCUGAACCGGGGCCUGCCGCCGGAUGUCGCUUGCAGAAAGCUGCCCAGGAGCUGUCGGGAGUGUCGAUUGGCACAGUUGCACGAGACGCCACCGGACUUCUGGAAUCCGGAAUUUACACCAACACAGAACUGACUCCAGGGAAGAAAUGUUUGCCAUUUUUGUAACUUUUAGGCUGAUAGGCGUAAUACUCAUGUGAAUCAGGUUCAUAGAUGAUGGGAAGUGUUGGAUUUAAGUUUUAAACUUGUUUAAGGAAAAAGGAAAUCCUGAC